GCGACGAAGUUGGCUAAGAUCCAGGGACCUAAAGGAGCGGAGAGAUCCAUGAAUUUAGCCCCGACUUGACUUGUCUCUUUUUUUUCUUAGACUCUUGGAUGUUUGUAAAAUGUCCGGGGUUCAGGAUCCUCCAGAGGCGCAGUACCUGACAGUGUGUAAAGAAGAGAUUUACCCUGAGCAGCAGGAGUGGAUGUCCAGUCUGAAUCAGGAGAUUAGUGAGCCUCUGCACAUUAAAGAUGAACCAGAGAAACUGGAAGGAGAGCAGCUUCAAGAGCUAGAGGAGGAUGAGAUCUUCAAGUUCACUUUUUGUCCUGACCCUGUGAAGAGUGAAGAUGAUGAGGAGAUACCUCAGUCCUCACAGCUUCAUCAAAGACAGACUGAACAGAUGGAAACAGGAGCUGAUGGAGAGGACUGUAUACCAGAAGCAGCCAGGUAUUUUGAUCCAGAGAGAGAUUUACAGCCAGAAACUAGGGUCAAGAUUGAAUACUCCUCUGAUCCUGAGACUGAUGACAGCACUGAUUGGAGGGAGACAAAAGAAGACCAGUCAGAUUUAAACUCAGUGGAAAACAUUACAAAAGAGAGAAAAAAGGAUGAAAAGAAAUCACAUAGUUGCCCUGAGUGUGGCAAAACAGUGAAAUACAUACGUCAUCUUACAGAUCAUAUGAGAAUUCACACGGGAGAGAAACCCUUCAGCUGCUCUGAAUGUGGCAAAAGAUUUACCCAUAAAGCAAGCAUGACUCUACACAGAAGGAUUCACAAAGGAGAGAAACCCUUCAGCUGCUCUGAGUGUGAUCAGAAAUUCACUCAAAAUGCUCAUCUUACAGUUCACAUGAGAAUUCACACAGGUGAGAAACCCUUUGUCUGCUUAGAAUGUGGCAAAAGAUUUAACCGUGAAACAUGCAUGGCCAGACACAUGGUAGUUCAUACCAGAGAAAAACCUUUUACUUGCUCUGAGUGUGGGAAAAGCUUUACCCAAAAAGGAAGUGUGACUGCACAUAUGAUAAUUCACAAAGGAGAAAAACCUUUCAGCUGCUCUGAGUGUGGUCAGAAAUUUACCCGCAAAGGAAGUAUGACUGAACACAUGAAAAUUCACAGAGGACAACAGCCUUUAAUCAGCUGCUCUGAGUGUGGCAAAAGUUUUACCCGGAAAGGCAGUUUGAAUGCACACAUGAGAAUUCACAAUGGAGAAAAACCAUUUAGCUGCUGUGAGUGUGGUAAAAGAUUUUCCCGAAAAGUAAUUAUGACAAAACACACCAGAAUUCACAAAGGAGAGAAUCCAUUCAGCUGCUCUGAGUGUGGCAAAAUAUUUAAUUUGAGGUGUGGUCUGACAGUUCAUAUGGCCCUCCUUCACACAGGAGAGAAACCCUUCAGCAGCUCUUUCAGUGUUGAAAGAUUUGAAAAGGAUCAUCAUCCUAAACCUGACGUGCCACAUCACAGAGAUACGGAUAGCUUUGACUGCACUGUUUGUGACCAAAAGUUUGCUUUGCUGUAUCAGUUAAGACUUCACAAGUGUGUAGGCAAUCCACCUUCAGAGCCUCUUCAGGACAAAACUGGGGGGACAAAAGAGGAUGAAACAGGAGCCGAUGGAGAGGACUGUAGAGGAUCAGCAGCAGGCAGGAACUUUGAUCCAGAGAGAAAUUUACCACCAGAGAUUGAGGUCAAGACUGAAGAAUUUUCUGAACCUGAAUCUGAAGACUCAUUUUACUGGAAAGAGAAUGAAGAACAUGAGUAUUAUUUAACCUCUGCAAACUAAUGAAUGCCUUUUGGUGAUAUGAUAGACCUCUCUGAGUGAAGUAAUACAUUCAUCUGGAAUUAUCUCUUGAAGAGGCAGAAGAACUCACACAGAGAGAAACCAUAUGACUGAUGUAAUUUUAUAUAUGUAUUUUUAAUUUCUGAUGGUUUAUGACUUUUAUACUUGUUUAUUUAUGUAUUUUACAAAUAAUGCUUGUUAUUCAAAUCCUGCAAGGUAAAAAGCACUUUUUUUGUCAUACUCAAACAAGAUAACCUGGCACGCCAGAUGGAGACAUCCAUCUGGUAAAUCA